CGACCAUAUUGAAUUUUCAUAAAUUAAAAUUGUGACGCGUCGAGAUUUCGCUGUGUAGAAAAGUUAAUAUUUAUUGUGGAAAAAGUGCAAAUUUUCUUACAAAAAUAUUGAAAAAAUAUAGUUGAAUACACAUUUAAUACGAYAGUGAUAAAAGUAAGUAGCUGAAAAGUUGGAAAGUGCGCAAAUAUUGGAAGUGAAAAGUUGUCAGCGGAGCGCUAGUUGAAAGUUUCCAUGCAUAAAUGUAUAUAUAUUUCACAAAAGUUGAAGAAGAAGCAAUAGGUAAUUAAAAAGUUAUAUGAGCAYAGAAAAGUAGCACAGAGGAAAGAAAGAAAUAAGUGUUGGAGAAGGGGAAAAAGAAGAAGCGAGAGAAGCAACUCGUGAAAAAAAAGCCAAACAAACGCACAAGGCAUACGUGCUGCUGCGUGGCGUGUUAGUUUUUAGAAAGCAAUCAUAUUGGAGGUGCGGUGUACAACAAAACUAACUUCCGCUUUAGAGCAAAACCUCAAUUAAAGAAAAAUUAAAAACUUAUAUAAAAUAGUUUUGUGGCACGGUAUUUGCCCUCUGUACUGUAAUGAGUGUCGCUGCAAUGACUAUGGACGAUCAAAGACCUUUGAUGAACAGUUACGAUAAAAUGUCUAAACAAUAUGAACAAAAUUUGCAUGGUAAUACCGGACUAGGUGGAGGGGGUGGCGGCAAUGGUUUAGGUGCUGGCGGUGCACCACCAUCUGGGCCUGCCUCGCCAACGCCAUCCGGUAGCGAAGAGCCUUCGCAUCAAUAUCAUCAUUCACACCAUCACCAUUCUCACCACCAUCAUCAUCAUCAUUCGCGGCAUAUGCAUCAACAUGUGGAACAUCAGCCACCAUCGCCGCCGCCAACUCUGCAACAGCAACAACAUGUGCACCAUCAUAGCCAACACCAUCAGACUCAACAGCAGCAGCAACUUCAACAGCAGCAGCAACAGCCAAGCAGUGUCGCUGAGGCCGUUGUUGCUGCCGAACAUCGUCAGCGGUUGCUCGAAGAUGAAAUUGAAAAUCUCAAGUUGGAACAGACGCGCUUAUCGCAGCAAUGCGUUGAUGCACAACGGCGCGAAAAAAUUCUCAUGCGCCGCUUGGCCAAUAAAGAGCAAGAAUUUCAGGAUUAUGUGAGCCAAAUUGCCGAAUACAAAGCAGCACAAGCACCCACAGCUUUGGCACUGCGAGCGGCUUUGCUUGAUCCUGCUGUUAAUUUGCUUUUUGAGAAGCUCAAGAAAGAGCUAAAAGCUACCAAAGCAAAGUUGGAGGAAACUCAAAAUGAAUUGUCCGCUUGGAAAUUCACACCAGAUUCUAAUACUGGCAAACGUUUGAUUGCCAAAUGUCGUUUGUUAUAUCAAGAAAAUGAGGAACUGGGUAAAAUGACUUCCAACGGUCGCYUGGCCAAACUUGAGACUGAAUUGGCUAUGCAAAAAAGCUUUUGCGAAGAAGUAAAGAAGUCACAAUCAGAGGUCGACGAUUUUCUACCCGAAUUAGACGAAGAUGUUGAAGGCAUGCAAAGUACAAUCUUAUUCCUGCAGCAAGAACUGAAGACCACCCGCGAUCGCAUACUAAUUUUGGAGAAGGAAAAUUAUCAAUUGAAAACUGGCACUUUGGACAAUGAGAAUACUAUUAAAGUAACAGAUGCAGAAGUUACUGAUGCCAAUACCCCUGCUCUGCACAGUGGCCAUAAUGGCGCUGUUGCUCCYUGCAACAUAACAGUAAAUGUUGCCGAAACCUGUGCCAUACCCUUCAAUACUAACGCCGCAACUAUUAACAACGCCAGCAGCAGUGUUCUUCCGCCAACGCUCAAUACGCUCAACAAUGCCAACGAAUUAAAAUAUGCUGCAACUCGACCUUUGGAGACCAUCGAUGAGAAUUCUUGUCUGCGAAAYUAUGGCACACCAAAAGACUUCUACAAUGGCAAUGAGGAGCAAUCACAUGUGCCAAUCGCGGUAGCUAAACAAAUGCCGGAAGCUGAUGGCAACAAUCCUUUGAAUCCCUUCAUUAACGCCACACCUGUUGUGGCAGGUGGCGCCAUGCUACGCACAGUCGCCUCGCGUAAACGUAAUUAUGAUUGCAGUGAACUGAAUGAUAGUCCAGCCGUCGUUAUUGCGCCUGCUACGCCGACGCAUGUAAUCGCGCCACGCACGUUGCCACCCAAAAAGUCCAAAUUACGCCGCACUUCGGUGCAAUCRAAUGAAAUCAAUGAUUAUGACGCYGCAAAUUGUGUUGGCAGUAAUAAUGCACAACAACAAAUGUUGGGUGGCAUUAAUACCGGCAUUGCCCCAGUGGAUCCUYUAAGUAUUGUCGACAAUGCGGUGGUUGGUAUGGCAAAUGAGGAGCACACCAGUGGCCUGGCGAUCGACGAGUCAGCCAUGGAUGCGGGUGGUAAUAAUGGCGGUGUUGCUCUACGUAUUAUGACGCGAAGACGCUCCGUCCGCCAACAGCAAAAUGGCAAUAUCGGGGGCGACAGUAAUCAUUAGGGCGGGUGUGUUGCAUGAAAACCGCAAAGUCGUGAUGCGCGAAACUGAGCUAGUUCUAUUUAACAUACAUAUAUUAUCGUGAAGGUAUAAAUGCAUAUAUUUUUAUUGCGACUUGAAUGUUAAAGUGAAAAAACGAUACUAUAGUGUUUUAAUAUAAAGAGAAUAAACAAAGGAAUAUGCAGAAUACAAUGAUGCUAAGGGAAAUUAAACAAUAACUGUGUAAUAAACAAAAAACAAAAAAAAAAAA